GUGAUUGGAAACGAGGUUUUUGAGAGCAUGCCAGUGUAUACACAUUUUGAGUUGACAGCUCGUAAAAUAUGGAUUAUGGAGUAUAGAUUGAAUUAAGAAGUUACAAUGGAUAAGAAAACAAAAGAUACCAAGAAAAAAGAUGGGAAGUUUGUGUCAGCAGCAGCGGAUGAUGGAGACGGGGCCAAGGACAGGAAUCCAAAACGUGCACAAAAAGCCGAGGCCAAGGACGUUAAACCUCCCACGGAGAGGAAGAAGCCGAAACACGUAGGAAAUGAUAGCAAGAGUGUGGUGGAAAUGGGAACUCGUAAAGACACAGUAUCACCCAAUCUACGCAGCUCACAGACAGCUGGCAAUGAUACAAAAACAUGUUAUUUCUUUAAAGACGAGGACUAUCGCUUCCCAGGAGUCAAAAUUGCUCUAAAUCCUCGCAAAUACAAGAAAUUUGAUACCCUUUGUUUAGAACUGUCUCGUAAAAUUCCAGGACUUGGUUUUGGAGUGCGAUCUGUCACUACCCCUACAGGGCAUACUCGGAUAUCAAAUCUAGAUGCUCUGACACACGAGGGUAAAUAUAUCUGCUCUUCCAGUCGUGUGCAUGUGAGGGGGCUAGACAUGAGUCGUGUGGGUGGAAGAGAAGUUUGGCACUUUGCCAGACCCCCGAGUGGCAGAAGACUACUGAAUCAAAUUCUGAGGGAGGAUGGGGAAUUCAGGGAGCCUCGCUUUAAGAAAUCCAAAAAGCCAUAUGAUAUGGCCACAGUGUACAAUAGAAACCAACCUAAAAAGAUCACGGUGCUGAAAAAUGGUGAUCCAACUUAUAGACAUGUGUUGUUGUUAAAUCGAAGGACAGCACAACAGUUUGAACAAGUGCUUUAUGAUCUCAGUGAAAUGUUUAAAUUUGCUGUAAGGAAGUUAUGUACAACAGAGGGUAAAAGGAUUGGUGGGUUGAAUCAGCUGUUUAUGGGACCAGAUACAGUUGUAUGCUGUGGGUCAGAGCCUUUUAAACACAUGGAUGGAAGCGGGUACUAUGCCACACCCAGAAUCAUGUCUCGUGUCUCCCUGAACACGAGAGGCUCUGAUCCUGUAGCCAGUCGCAUGAAGAUGAAGAGAAACCGCUUGACCAAUACAAAGGGAGAAUGGAAGGUGACUGUGAAGACAAAUGGACAUCCAUCAGCCUCCACACAAGCUCAGGUCACCAUCACGGUGUACGGACACAAGGGGAAUUCUGGUCCUAUAUCGCUCGGCAGCGGAGAUGGCAGCAACUUCAAAUCUGGUAGCACAGACGAUUUUGAUAUUUCAGUGGGAAAUGUUGGUGAAAUUUACAAGAUUCGGAUUGCCCAUGAUAACUCUGGAGAUUCCCCGGGCUGGCUUUGUGAUGAGAUCAAGAUGAAGGACAAGGACACGGAUGAAGAGUUGACCUUCACAUGUCGACGGUGGCUCGCGCGAGACGAGGAUGAUUAUGAGAUUUGUCGAGAGCUUCCUGCCGUCAGGAAAGGAGAACCAAUUUUACCAGUGGUGCGGUACAAUGUGUAUGUGACAACUGGUAACCUGUGGGGAGCCAGCACUGAAGCCAAUGUUUACAUGACGAUGUAUGGCGACCGUGGGGAUACGGGGGUCAGACAGUUAUAUUCUCCCUCCAAAGGAUGUUUUCAGCAGGGCAGGACUGAUACCUUCACUGUGGAGGCUGUGUCCUUAGGUCACCUGAAGAGGAUCAUUGUGGGACAUGAUGGUACAGGGGGAGGAAAUGGAUGGUACCUGGAGAAAAUCGUGGUGAAGGAGCCCUCUGGUAGCAAAAUGCACGAUGAAUCUGUCUUCCACUGUGGAAAGUGGCUGGAUGAAGGCCAGGAUGAUGGGAAGAUUGUGCGUGAGCUAAAGGUUCAGGAAGAAUAUAUGGACGAUAUCCUGGAGAAGCGAAAUUGGGAAUAUGAGAAGUGGAAAUUUGAGAAGGACUGCCAGGUCAAACUGUACUCCCUGGCCUCGGGGAAAGCCAUAAGGAUCAAACAGAAUGGGGCCAUUGAUGCACUCGGCAACGACCUGGAUUUCCAUGCAGUGUUUAACGUGGUUCAGCGGAAGGUCAUGGUCAGAAUGUUCAACAGUGUCCCUGACCCAAACUCCUUCAUCUCCAUUGACAACGGAAAAAUGGUCAUGCAUAAGGGCAGUGGUCCAUACUGUGAAUUCAGACUAAGGGUUCAGGGGGACCGGUCCAUUAUGUUUGAGUCUGUGAAGAACCCACUACAAUUUCUGACUUUUGGUGAAGAUGGGCACCCGGAAGACGUCAGAGGAAUAUUAGACAAAGAAAAGACCAGGAGGUUCUAUGUUUACUGCAAGGGUAUGUUCAGACAUAGAGGAGUGGUGAUUUUCUCCACCUCCCUGUAUCAGGCCAUCAACAUCAACUCCGAUCUGUCAAUGACUGCGCUAGGUACACCCUCCAGUAAAAUGGCACAGUUCAGAGUUCACAAGGUCACAGAGAAUGGGGUCAGAAUGUUUGAAAGCAUUUCCCAUCCUGGAAAGUACAUUCGCCUGAAGGACGGAAAGAUUGACUGUCAGGGAAUUCGAGAUGAGGCCUCACAUUUUAUUGUGGAGAAACGCAGAGCAGGGGGAUAUGUGAGCUUGCAGUCAGCUUCACAGAGAGGCUUGUAUCUGGGAAUGAAGCCUGAUGGGAGAAUCUGGCCGACAGUGGACACAGGGGUCAACAAUGUCCACCUGUACCCACAGGUUGUGGAAUGGGGAGCGAGGAAGACACCUAGCAUUGCUGAGGUGGAAGAGGAAGAAGAAAUGGAACCAGCGAUAACGGAAUCUCCACUGAUAGCGACCCCACAGCCCAUUAAACCAGGCCAUGCAGUGUUUUUGACCGAGGAUGCUCAAUAUCGAGUUGGGGAGGACGAUUGGAACAUUCAUGUGUCCACCAUUGAGGAGCUGAUGAACGCAGAGGUGGCGCUGGUGGCGUACGGAGACAAUGGUAAUUCUGGAGCCAUCAGAUUAGAGGCACCGCCAGGGAGAGAGAUUUUCCAGCCUAACAACGAGGAUGGAUUCAGGUCCACUCUUAAGGUUGGCAAGUUCUACAAGAUUCGUCUAGAGCUACUGCCAAAAUCCUCAUCAAAGAAACCCUCAUGGAAAGUUAACGAGGUCAGGUUAACAAAUGUGGUCACUGAGCAGACCUUUGUCUUCACGUUUAACCGCUGGCUGUCCCGUGAACACGAGGAUAUGGAGAUAAUGAGGGAACUUCCUGCCAUCUGGCCAGGGGAGGAAACUCCUCCAGUAUUUAAGUACUAUGUACUGGUUCACACCGGUGAUGUGGAUGAAGCGGAAACCAAUGCUGAAGUUUAUCUAAAUAUUUUUGGAGAGACGGGAGACACAGGGAAAAGAGUCCUCCUUAACUCAAACAACAUCAACAAGUUUAGGAGUGGGCAGGUGGACAUUUUUGAGAUUGAAGCUGUGUCGCUAGGGAAGCUGGAGAAGUGCAUUGUGGGACACGAUGGAACAGGAACUGACCAGGGUUGGUUCUUAGACAGAAUCACAAUCAGGGAAAGUGAGGAAUCCAAAGAAGAAUACAUCUUCCCAUGUGAAAAGUGGCUAGAUGUUAAUAAAGAAGACCGGCGCAUUGAGCGAACCUUGGCUGUCAAGGAGGUCCUACCUGUUCAAGUGGACACCAUUAUAGAAGAGGACGAAGAAAACACCAUCAAGGAGGGAGACUGGAAGAUCUGGAUCACCACUGGUAAGGAGGAAUCCAUGGCAACCAGUAACAUGGUUUUCUUAUAUGCCUAUGGAACCAAUGGAAGUGCUGGACCACUGAAGCUUGGGAAUGGGAAAGAUGGCUUUUUCAGGGCUGGAACUACAGACAUAAUUAAGAUGUCAUUUGGCAGUGGUGCAGGGCAGGUAUAUAAAAUCCGGAUUGGACACAAUGAAGCCUACCCAGAGAGUGGAUGGUUUUUAGAGAGGCUGAAGCUUCAGGACUGCUCUAACGGUGACGAGUUCAACAUUGAGGUCAACAGAUGGUUGUCUCGUUCCCAUGACGAUGGUGAUGUGUGGAGAGAAUUUGCAAUCUCCCAGAUUGGAAAAGUUUUACCAGUGGUGACAUAUUCUGUGGAGGUGUACACAGGGUCAGAGGAGGCAGCCAGCACCACCGCAGGGGUUUUUAUCUGUAUUUAUGGAACACGUGGUGACACAGGCAAACGCAAACUGUUCAAGUCAAAAACGUCUAAUGACCCAUUCCAGAAAGGGGCUCAUGACGUCUUUGAGUUGGAGGCGGUCUCCCUGGAUGAGGUGGACCACAUUGUGAUUGGUCACGAUAAGAAAGGCUCCGACCCGUCCUGGUUUUUGGACAAGGUCAUCAUAAGGUCAGAAGAAAAACCAGACAAGGACUACAGAUUUACCUGUGACAGGUGGUUGUCAGAGACAGAGGGAGAUGGUAAAUGUGAAGUUGAAUUGACUCCAGGUUGGUUCACAGAGAAAGCCACCAAAUCCAGAGGAGAGUUCAGUUUGUCGGUGAAGACAAGUGAGGAUUCAUCCCCUGCUGGUGGGGGUAAGGUGGACCUAGCAGUGUACGGAGAGAAUGGGAAAAGUGAGGAUAUCACCCUAACUGCCCCCAGCCCAGGAGACAAACUGUUUGAGCCAGGAAACAUCGACAGCUUUACAAUCAAUGUGGGUGACAUUGGUAACUUGUACAAAAUUCGAGUGAGUCGAGAGGAUCUCCACACCUGGAAGGCAUGGCACCUCGAGGAACUCAAACUCCAGGACCUCGAUACCAGUGAGGUGUUUCUUGUCAGGUGUGAUCGCUGGCUUUCAAGAGAAAAAGAUGACUUUGACCUCACAAGAGAGUUUCCAAUCAUCCACAAAAACAAACCUCCACCACAAGUUCAGCAGUUUGAAGUGGAGAUUAUGACCGGGAAUCACUGGGCAGCAGAGACAGAUGCUGACAUCUUUGUUACUAUAUUUGGAGAUAAAGGGGACACGGGGCGACGGAAAUUGUAUCACUCCCUCCAGGAGGGUGACAAAUUUCAGCGGGGAAAGGUUGACAAAUUCCUGUUUGAGGCAGUUUCUCUGGGUAAACUCAAUCAAGUACAGAUAGGUCACGACAAUAAAGGUCACGGUGCUGGGGUGUACAUAGAGGAUGUCAAGGUCACUGAGAAGUCCAGUCCUGAUGUCCAGUACGUGUUUCCGUGUCGUUCCUGGCUGGACGAGAGAGAGGGGGACAAAAGAACAUGGAGAGUUUUACCAAUGUUAGAAAAGAGAGAUCCAUCCAAGAGACCUCCACAGAAAGAUUUAAAGAAGAAAUCAAAAGGUAAAUGGUCGGUGACUGUGAAGACCAGUGAAGAGAAGGAUUCUGGGACAAGUGCCCAGGUGUAUCUCACUGCAUUUGGUACAAAGGGACAGUCUCAAAAGCAGCCAUUAGGAUCAGGUCAACAGGGUCAGAGUGAAUUCACUCCAGGGGCUGUCUCAGAAUUUAAUGUAGAUUUUGGAGACAUUGGGGAACUUCUAAAGAUCCGACUGGAACACAACAACAAGAAUGACUCUGCCUCCUGGCAUGUUGACUGGGUGGAGAUGACUGAUGUGGAUACAAAUGAGCACCAUAAGAUAUUUAUAAACCGGUGGUUCUCUGUUGACGAGGAGGAUGGUCAGGUUGUCAGGGAGUUCUCUGUGGAUCACCCCGGGGACAUGCCCCUCCCAGUUUGUCAGUACGUGAUUUUGGUGCAGACCUCUAUGACCUCUGACCCUGGAUCCAGUGAAGGUCAGGUCAGCAUUAAUAUCCAGGGAGAGUAUGGUGACACUGGGGAGAGGAAAUUGAGUGGGAAAUCCCCAUGGAAACCUGGAGAGGAGGCGUCCUUUAUCAUAGAGUCUAUUAGUCUUGGUGCACUCAAAAAAAUCCAGCUCCAGUUUGAAGGUCAAGGAAUGAGUUGGUUGGUGGAUAGAGUGAGAAUAUUUGAGAAGCCCACAGCAAUUUCUCAGACUGUGUUCAACUGCCAUUCUCUGUUUGAUAUGAGGAGUGGGGACAAGAGAGUAUCCAAGGAAUUCCCAGCUGCAGCUGUACAGCCGUGUGAAGUCCCCACUAAGGUAGUGGAGCGAUUCUAUGGUGAUAUCUCUCCACUUGUCUCCAAAGGUCACUGGCGAAUCCUUGUGGAGUGUGGUAAAAACGGAACAGAGGAUGACAUCUUCCUGGUGGUGUAUGGGGUCAAAGGUCACUCCACUCCCUAUCACAUCAACAGCAAGGAAAAUCUUUCACCUGGUGCUCUUAUUAUCUCUGAUUUAAAUGUUGGGGACAUUGGUGCAAUAUUCAAGAUUCAUUUAUACUUUGGAGGAGAUUUUACCGGUACUCCCUGGUUCCUCAAUAAAUUAAAGUUGAAAGAUGCUGACACAAAGCAGCAAUUUAUGUUCACUCACAACAAACUGAUAGAACCCACGACGGACAAUCCUACAGGACUGGUGGAACUUCCUGCUAUUCGACCCGAUCUGGCCCCUCUACAAGAGGAUGAGUUUACUUUGUAUGUAUCCACGGGUAACCUACACUUGGCAGACACAUCAGCUGAUGUGUCCUGUAAUCUGAUUGGUGAAUGGGGAAAUACGGGGUCAAGGUUACUGGCAAAAUCCACCAAUCAGGUGCCAUUCAGGCAGGGACAGGUUGAUGAGUUUAAGGUUCGGGGUCUAGAGCUUGGAAAGCUAAGGGAGGUUGUGGUCAGUCACACAGAACGGGGUCGGGGAAGAGGUUGGUUCUGUGACCGGGUCGUGGUGAAGUCCACUCUGUCCAAUGUUCUGAAGGUCUUCCCCUGUAACCAAUGGCUGGACACGGGCUGUGAGGACAGACAACUGGUCAGACGUCUCCGUCCUCUUGGUCAGAUGCCGGUCAGCAAUCCACCCGUCACAGGCAAAUCAAAGGGAGUUUGGGUUUGCUCCGUGAAGACAGCAGAUAUUGAUCAACUUCCUGAUGUGGCCAGAAAUCGCAGCAGUAAAUCACGAGAAGUUUCCCUGACAGUUUACGGCAGUGACUCUGUACAUGGUCCAGUAGAACUGAUCAGCUUACAGGGGGAGCCUUUCUUACCAGGACAGACUGAUACAUUCUCUGACCUGACCUUUGGUGACCUUGGGAGGAUCCAGAAGGUCAGGGUCAGUGCCGGCUACGAGCAGGACCCGGACACAGUGUGGACCAUAGAGAAGGUAACGUUGAAGGACCAAGAUACUGGAGAGAUUCUAGAAUUUGACUUUUCCCGAUGGAUUGGAGAGUUGGGAGGGGAUAUCAGAAAAGAACUCCCCGUCAUCAAAAUGGGGCAAGGAAUCAAGCAAGUUCUGCCAUACUACAUACAGCUGUUUACGAGUGAUGAGGAAAUGGACGCUGGGACAGAAUCUCAUAUGUUUAUUACACUUUACGGACAGGAAGCAGACACCGGCAGACGACAUCUCCACAACAAUGGCCGAAAAAACUUUCAGACUGGUCAGGUUGACUCUUUUACUGUGGAAGCUGUAGAUUUGGGAGAGUUGGAGAAGAUUGUGAUCGCUAAGGGCCCUGGAUCACCAUGGUUACUGGACAAGGUGGUCGUCAAGGAGAGUGAAUACAGUGCUGUCCAAUACAACUUCCUUCAUGGAAAAUGGAUUGGGUCUAAAGACACAAAGAAACAAGAAAUAGAGGAAACCAUCAGACUGAGUACAACUGAACCGAGUGUUGUCGUUAUUCCUGCCAACCAAGUCUCAGAUUUACCACAAUCAAAUGGGGCAUGGAAGAUCAGUACAGACACAGGAGGCCAGAAAGGGGGAGUCCCCCUUGAUCUGGUAGUCACGUUCAUUGGCAGCGAGGGAGAGAGUGAGCUUUGUCCACUCAAGUCCUCCAGGGAAAACCCAUUCCAGAUCGGACAGAAGGAUGUGUGUGAGAUCAAGUUUGCAGCAGAUAUAGGAGAACUUUACAAGCUUCGCCUCGGUUACCUUGACAACACAAAAAAGAAAGGCUGGUUACUAAGAAGGAUAACCUGUGAGGACUCUGAAACAGGGGACAUGUUUACCUAUGACCUCAAUGACUGGGUCAUCGUAGAUGAGAAGUCUGAUGGCUGGAGGGAAAUCCCUGUCCACUGGCCGGCCCUCCCCAUUCCUAGAGUCUUGAAGUACCAGGUGAUUACCUAUCUUGGAGAUGUACACAGAGCAGGUACUGACUCUAAUGUGUUUGUCUGUCUGUAUGGUAGCCUAAGCAGCUCUGGAAAACGACUUCUGAAACAUUCCCUGACAAAUAAGGAUCGCUUCACACAGGACCAGGUGGACCAGUUUGAAGUGGAAGCUGUAGAUCUGGGAACCUUACAGAAGGUCGUCAUUGGACAUGAUAGUCAAGGAGAAGGAUCAGGCUGGUAUCUUAAGAAGGUGGUUGUGAUGGAUUCCAUUGAUUCUGUGGAUAAAUUUGUCUUCCCUUGCAAUCAUUGGUUGGAUGAGGGAGAAGAAGAUGCUAAGAUAGAGAGGACACUGCUCUUGUCUGAGGAAGUGGUGCUGGAAGAUGACAUUUCCCCCACACCGCAAGUUAAAAGUCCCUCCCCAGUAGCAAGGCAGAAAUCAGAGACACCAGCACCCAGAGAGAAGACUAAGACCCCAACCCCUACUCCUAGGCAGAAAACAAAAACUCCUAUACCAGUUUCAAGGGAGAAGUCAAAUAGUCCCAAGCCGACACCACUGGAGAAAGUCAAAACUCCCUCCCCACCACCAAAACAGAAGACAAAAAGUCCCUCCCCAACCCCACUGAAAAGUCCCUCCCCACCCCUGGUUGUAGCUUCUGAAGAUGUGUCUGAUAAAGUAGAUUCUCCAAAACCAGAGACUCCAAAACCGACUUCACCAGAACAAGAGAAAACAGCCUCACCAGGAGCUGGGGGUGAAAAACUGGUGUCUCCAAAACCAGACCCACCAACAGCAGAUGAAGAAAAAGUGAAAAAGUCAGACACACCAGAGGACGAGGAACCAAAAUCAGAGAUUCCUGAGAAGAAAGACUCGGAUAAACCAGAGGACCUGGAGAGUAAACCAGAAAUCCAGGAGGAUAAACCAGAUGAGGUGAAAGUUACAGCUGAACAGACAGAUCAGCAGACAGCUGGACCUGAGAAAGCAGUGGAAGAGAACAAAUCUCCCACACCUCCCCCACAAGAGGGCACUGUAAAGGUAUUUGUGACAACUAGUGCAGCCCCAGACUGUGGAACCAAUGACCAAGUGACCUUGACUGUGUAUGGAGAUGCAGGAAAUUCUGGUCCCCUCAGUCUAGGGGAACCAAACAAGGGAUAUUUCCAGCCAGGACAGACUGAUGAAUUCUUAGUAAACUUUGACACAGAAGAACUUGGAGGAAUCCGUAAAAUCCGGAUUGAGCAUGAUAAUCCUCAGACGCAGUCUGGAUGGGGUCUAGAUAAGGUUAUUCUGCACAACCUGAAGUCUGAUGAGAGAUAUGAGUUCCAUGUCGGUAAACAUCUGUCCUUCUCCGGUGAAUACGGCGACAUCGCAGUGGAGGUGCCGGCCGAGAAUGAAUCUCAUGACUUUUGGCCAGUGCGUCAUUACAUGGUUACCAUAGAGACAGGAACUGAGGAAAAUUCUGGGACAGACGCCACAGUUCACAUCACACUAUUCGGGACUUUGGGUGACACAGGCAGGCGCUAUCUGAUCAACAACAAAGAACAAAACAAGAAAUUCAGAACUGGAAAAGUGGACACAUUCAUUGUUGAAGCUGUAGAUCUAGGACGCCUGGAAAACAUUAUAAUAGGGCAUGAUGGGAAGGGUGCGGAGGCUGCUUGGUUUCUGGAGAAAGUGUCUGUAAAAGAGGGAGUUGAUGCCAAACACAAAUAUAUCUUCACAUGUAACAGCUGGUUACAGGAUGAAGAAGACUAUGGUAUUGUGGAGGUUGAGCUUUACAUGGACAGGAUGGAGAAAGAAAACUCUAACUUACAGAAACAAAACCUGAAUAUUGUUGAUGGGGAGGACUCAGAGAGGGAAACAGGGGGACAGGGGAGAAAAGAGGACAUUAAGGAGGACAUGGAGAGUAUGCAGGGUCAGGGAAUAAAAGAGGAUGAAGUGACUGAUACAAGCAAGGAAGAGGAGAUUAAGCAGGGUCAAGAGAAUAUACAGGGUGAGGGAGUGACUGAGAACACAAACAAGAUUGAGGAUGAUAAAUCUGGAAUUAAGGACAAAACAGAAAUUGGAAAUGAGAAUAGUGCCCCAGAGGACAAUGAUGUAGACUUGAAUAAAAGUGAAAGUGAGGACAUAUACAAAACAGAAAGUGGAAAUCAGGAUAAAAUCACUGAGGACAGUGAUGUAGACAAUGAUAAAAGAAAUGAGGACACAAUCAAAGCCAAGAAUGAGGACCAAAGUGAUGUUACUGAGGACAGCAAUGUAGAAAAUAAAAUGGAAAGGGAGGACACAAAGAAAACUGAAAGUGAGGACACAAAGAAAAUUGAAAGUGAGAACACAAAGAAAACUGAAAGUGAAGACACAAACAAAACUGAAAGUGAGGACACAAACAAAACUGAAAGUGAGGACACAAGCAAAAUUGAAAGUGAGGACCAGAAUAAAGCCACUGAAGACAAAAGUUGAGACAAUGAAGAAGGACAAGAUCUGUUUCUACAGUAGCAUGUAAUUCUCUGGUUCUAUGUAUGCACUUCACUAUGCAAUCAUAUGUUCUAUGUCACAAUACUUAGCAAACACUAGUGCCAAAUGAUAUUUCUGUCAUGUCCAUUACACCAGAGUUCAAUCCUUCAGAAACAUCAACUUGCUAUAGUUAUUCACAAUUAAAUUUUUAUUU